UACCGAACAUGAGAUUAAAGAUUGCACAGAUAAGAAGAAAUGCAAUCGAUGUGGUGAAACUGGACAUUUAGUAAAAAAUUGUUCGAUCCCUUCUGUUAAGACAUGCCAUCACUGUGGUAGUACUGAACAUGUGAUUAAAGAUUGCCCGGAUGGGAAGAAAUGCAAUCGAUGUGGUGAAACUGGACAUUUAGCAAAAAAUUGUUCUACUCCUUUCGUAAAAAUAUGCCAUCGUUGUGGUAGCACCGAACAUGAAAUCAAAGAUUGUCCGGAUAGGAAAAAAUGCAAUCGAUGUGGUGAAACUGGACAUUUAGCGAAAGAUUGUACGAUUCCUUCUCUAAGGACAUGUCAUCGUUGUGGUAGUACCGAACAUGAGAUUAAAGAUUGCCCGGAUAGGAUGAAAUGCGGUCGGUGUGGUGAAACUGGACAUUUGGCAAAAGACU